UGCCAUUAGCAUUAUUAUUUUGCACAAGAUCGUGCCAUAGAUCACAUUGCCCGCGGCUGGCACGCAGCAGCAAGCCGUGAGACGACACCGUCUCACCUGCAAAGUCAAACUGGCGUCGAUACAGUCGCCCUUGCGGCAAGGCUUGUGUUUGACUGCUGGACUGCGGUCUCGCGAGGCCAAUCCUGGGAGCAGAAGAAAAGGCAUAUUUCGCAACGUUAUGGUGGUGCGAAAACCCUCGCCGUCGUCACACUUCACCUCGACUGCGACGACCUCUUCCACCACCUCGUCUACCAGCACUUGCUCCUCCCUCAAGACUCUUUCGACCUUCACGUCAGACUGUGACGCCGACGACGAGGAAACCAUGUCGAAUGAGAACUACGCACCGUCUUCGCGGCCUCUAACAGUCGCAAUCCCCACUAUGGCUGCUCAAGGACCAUUCUGCCCGCGAAGACCGAACCUACGAGAGAUAUUGGCAAACGCUUCACCGCCGCCCUGGACGCUCGCCGCAUUCAUGGCCUAUUUGUCAAACAACCACUGCCUGGAGACGCUAGAAUUCACCAUGGAUGCCGGCAGAUAUAAAAAGCAUUAUGCGAAAAUGAUGUCAAGAGCGCAAGAAAAUGGCAUGCCGCCUGCGAAAGAUCGCGAGUACGUGCAGGCUCUGUGGCAGCGCCUGGUAGAGGCCUAUAUUCAGCCGAAUGGCUCGCGUGAAGUGAAUCUACCGUCAGAUGUGCGCGAUCCGAUAAUAGGACUCAAACCUGCGGCCAUGCCUCCUGCUCCAGAGACGCUGGACCCGGCUGUUGCCAAGAUCUACGAAUUGAUGGAGGAGUCUGUCCUCGUGCCCUUCCUGAACAGUGUCUAUCCUCAGACAGCCCACCCGACGAUGAACUCAUGUCCGUACGACACGUCUGACGACAGCCAUUCUAUGGUCUCGUCGAGAACGUACGAGGAUCGGAAUCUGUAUGCCAGGCGAUCACGACAACAAGGCCGCGCUUCACCGCCUAUAUCGGCAGUCGAGCCCCACGCGCUCUCCUACUCGCCCUCAGCUCGCUUUCGACAGUCAGCACCGCUGCCUCUGACAGCACCUUCGCACCGGACGCGAUUCUCAGUCAAACUCACACCAACCACAUCUUCACCUGCAGGGCCAAUGUCCGGUGCCGCAAUACCCGAAGGCUCGGAUACCACGCUGUCCGGAUCCACAAACGGCCAGGGCAUGACAGACGAUAGCGGAAGCACUAGCAGCCCUACGAACGACAGCCCCAUGACGCCGCCGACAAGUCCGCCAGUGAGCGAUGCGCCAAGUCCAAAGCGUGACUCCGGCAUGUGGAAGAAGCUCGGUCGACUAAGCGGCAUGAAGGCCGGCAAGAAGAAGAGUCAUGGUGGGCUCAAAACUGAAGACGAAUGAGUCGUAUUGCAGUCCGCAUUAUCAUCAAAAUUCAACGUUCUUUUGCGAUUGAUUGCCGCAGCCGCAUACCGUAGGCCUUCAGAACUUUGGACACGAGGCAGCACGAGACUUUUCCCACACGUCCAGAAUCCAACGAGGAACGAGUUUCGCUAAGCGAAGUACCUGCAUUGCUUCGGCGCAAAUCACGGGGAUUAAAGCGGAUACUUUUUGUUUGAUCCGUAGCACGAAUUAGUGACCUGGAUCCGGUCUGAACUGAUGCGCAUCUCCAUGAUGAGAUGGGCAUCGGAAUGAUGCUUUCUGCUUUCAAGAUGAAAAUGAUCUAGCGUUCUGGUCUACGCUCGCCAUCAAGAUAUGGCACGCUAAUCCAGACUUCUGGCGUUGGGGCACAGUAAAUCUCAGGCCGGUUUUUUUUUGACGGAAACAUGAUGGAUGGCAAGUGAUGGAUUUAUGCAUGAGAUGGAUAAUACUUCUAUCAGGACCAAGUUUGAUGACGAUGAAGGAAUGCAUAUCUUUAACCAUUCGAAUAGUUUGUACAUAUAUAUGCUGCUAUGGUGUGAUGGCGGGAUGGGGGAGGUACCUGAUGAAGAAGGCAUCUUUCUCACUUUCUAAAAACGACCUCAGAGAGACGCUUUUGUUACGCGCCAUCAAACGAAGAACUUUCACAACUCCAACUUCAACACCGCAUCUCGCACUUCUCCAUCUUCCUCGAAUGCUCCUCUUGGUGGUUACCUACCUUCUUUCAGACUCUGCACGACCUGCCUUACCUAGUCAGUUGAGUCAUGUGUGCUCCCGGGUCCCGAAAACAACCCAUCCAUUCUGCCGGCACAUUUUUGACAAGCACAUGUAUUAACCGUUCGUACUUAUUAUAUCCGGACGUGAUCUUCUAAAAAAAUUCAAAUUGAUUACUACGCAGGAACUGACCUGACUUCCGAGCUGGCCCGUACGAACGAUCGGACGAUAGUAGUUUGCUGGGCAAGGUGGGAGACCGAAGCACGAAUGAAAAUGAAUACAUGAGUCGUGGGAAUGAUGGAUCGAUUAGGUAUGAGCCGUGGUAUAGCGAGAAGUUUUUUUGUUUAGUUCGAUGUACUCCUUGCUCAGAGCAAGGAUUUGUUCUGGAAUCUUUCUUGUUGAUGACAAGGAUCGGUAGAAGACAGCAUCUUGUCAAUCCGAU